AUGUCAGUCGAGGCGACACCACGGACGCUAUGGGAGCGGAGCCUCAUGGGCUGCGCAUGCCAUAUAGGGGAACUCAGUUGCGACUCAUGCGAGGCCUAUCUCUAUCAUGUCUCCACUGGCUGGGGAGCGAAUGAAAAAGGGCUACGAGAUAUCGUCAAAACUAACAAUAAUGCACCUCUGCUGCAGGCUCAGCUGUCUGAAAUGGAGACGAAAUUCUCCUCUCUUCAACCAUCCAUCGCCCGCAUAGCUGAUCUCGAAGAUCAAAUCCGCCGCCUCACCGAUGAGAGAGAUAUAGCGACGAGAUUGGUGAGCCACCUCGAAGCCAAGAUAUCAAUGACGGAGAAAGAGUCUCCAACGGAAUCGGGCCAUCUUGACCAAAUCCGCCUCUUAACUACCGAAAGAGAUAGAGUAGUGAAAUCGCUCAACGAACAGACGGAGCUCCUCAGAGUCCAGACCUCGGUGAGCGAGGCCUCGGAUGCUCGGUGCUCAAGCUUGGCAGCGGCGAAUGGUCUUUUGAUCCAAGAGAAACACAAUCGCGAUACGGAGAUUUCGCAACUACGAAAUGAGAUUGACGUACUUGUCUUGAAGAACAAGGAAAUUUUGAAUGCCCACAACAAAGUCUUGCAGGACGAGCGGUCGCUCACUGCUGAUUUGAGGGAAACCAUACGGUUCGUGGAAUACUCCCCAUUGCUAGACACGAUCCGUGAAAGUAACCCUUUCAGGCAUCUGCAAAAGGUAGGUCAAUUGGAGGUCAAGUCGACGACUGAUGGCCAUCAUGGCAUCGACAAGGACGUCCGCAUCGAGGAAUCGGGAGGCCAAUCGAAUCUUGAUAACGCGACCGAUUGCAAUGACGAUCGCUACGAAGAGAGGACCGUUGGCGCGCUGGACGCGUCUCACCACAACAACACCCAUAGUCGCGACCACCACCACGACCUGGACGACACCGAUAGCGGGGGUAACCCCAGAAAGCGCCCAAGGUAUUCGUCGGCAGAACUACGCGACACUCAUGGGAAGGAGCCCGCUCUCGGUGACUUCAACAUGCACGCAACACCACCGCCUUCUCCUCUUCCAAUGGGCCCAAUUAUUGACUAUCCAAUGCGUUCGUUUUCGCCAGCUCCGACUCCAGAUCCGCGGUUACCCAAAAUCAAUCCUAUUGCCCGUCCCCAAAUUGACCCUCUCAACUCUGAGUGGCGCAUUCCGCCUAGCUGGGUUCCUGCGAACGCGCACGUAUCUGUAGUCGAUGGCAAAUGGCGGGCCGGCUCUGAUAAAGAAGACGCAUUGCGGAACGAGGCACUUCAUUUACCACCUCCAGCUCUUGAACCCCCUUUCGGUACAGGAUUUCCUCAGAAUAUCGAUCAAGUCAAGCAAUAUAUGGAGCUAGCAAGUCAGCCAAAUCAAGAACGCGCGUUAGCUUACGUUCUUUCUUGGGUAAAAGCCACGGAGAAGAUACAUCCAUCCCAGUAUUUCUCUUGGAUGUCCUACCUGCGCCAGAAUUGGCGGCAGCCACAAUGGAUCAAGGAUAAACAUCCGGACACUGUACGAAGCCGGCGCCCAGGUUCUGGACAUGUCAAACGUCGUCGACAAAAUAAUAAGGUUGUCCCCGUUAGUCGUCCCCGCUGGGAUGCCCCACUUGAAGAUUGGGGGCACUAUUUCUGGUCAUCGCCUAAGACGGUCCGUUUCACAGACGGCCUUCGGUUGCCCAACAACAACAACGGCAUCAAACUUCGUCAAGUUCGCGGCUAUGUCAUGGUCGCUUCUCGUGCGCCGUUUGAAGCCACUGAGAGGCAAAUAUGGCACCGAGCCUGUGCAGAGCUCUUGGCCUUUCCAAGGCGAUACGAGGACUAUGUCUUGAACGGGUUAUCUAUUUCGAAUGGAAGGAUAAUGCAACCAGCGAAGGUGACGAAGAAAUAUACAGACGAGUCGGCCGCCCACGAGCUUGCGCGCCAAGGAGUCACGGUUGACGAAGUCCAUGAUGCUCAGCCGUACGGCUUCUUUUGGCUCCUCGACAACAGGUUUCACGCUGAGAUGGGUCAGGGGAUCAAGGAGCUUGUGAAGGCCAUCAAUGAAAUUCCCAAACACGACAUUGAUGCAGUUCCUCGAUUUGAACCACAAGUCUACCCGGAACCAUCGAAAGUCCUGAUCAGCGACUAUAACCCGACAGAAGCGUCUUCGUCUCGCAGAUCCAUGUCGCAACCAUCAGAUGAUGGAGGGGAUGACUAUGAUUUUUAUUGA